AUGAUGGGUUUGAGGUCCCCUCCAUGGACGAAAGAAACCUCUUCGUCAUGCGAGUUCGUUCAAAUCGCAGUCAUGUGCGUCCUGUCCCUCACCGUCGUCUUUGGGAUUUUUUUCCUAGGGUGCAACCUGCUAAUCAAAUCGGAGGGCAUGAUAAACUUUUUGGUGAAAGAAAGGAGACCGUCCAAAGAAGUUGAAGCUGUAAUCGUUGGCCCGUACUGA